AUGGACCACAGUGGUCCUUUCUACACUACGCCAGGCACGUCUAGCGACGACGAUCUUGAUGUCGGCAUGUCAGAUCUGCUGCCGCCCAACAGGCGUCAGCCGCCGCCCACACAGGAAGAUUGGGACAGGAUACAGCCAAUAUUCACAGAACUCUACAUCGACCAGGGACGGCGCCUCAAGGAUGUGCAAAGAAUACUGCUGUCUCGACACAACUUUCAUGCGACACCGAAAAUGUAUAAAUCCCGAAUCACUAAAUGGAAGCUCAAGAAGUACGUCAAAUCCGCCGACAAGGAGAACAUAGUUAGAGCGAUCCAGGACCACCACAUUGACGAAGAAAGCUUCCACCGGAUCAAGUUCAAUGGACGACCCGCGCGUCUGGAUCUUGUCCGGCGCUAUUGCAAAAAGACUGGCGCUCACCCAGAUCUGGCCAAUGCAUUACCGACGAAGGCCCUCGAAGCACCUCUGCGCCGCGCGAGCACUCAGAUCAAUACCAAUGUCAGCACCAGCGAUGACACAGAAACGCCUCCAUCAACAAUGUUGACUCCGUCACCAAUCAUUUAUUACCGUGACAGAUCAGCAUCGUUCACACCUGCGGAUCUUACACCUACCCGAACAGUUGCCUCCGACCCAGCUGAGAGUGUUGCGUGGCAUGUUCAGCAAUACAUGGAGUGGCAGUUGGCACCGAUUCCAUCAGACAUCGAUCAACGGCAGCAAGAGCUUCUUUUCGAUGCCGCGGCUGCUUUCCAGACCACUCAGACCAGUGACUCUGCAAUACACAGCAUUUCAUAUUUCGAGCUUCUGCUGACUGCUUUGGACCACUUCGACGUCGACCCAGCUUAUGCAUGGACACUAAUUAGUCAAGCGUGUGACAUGGCUCGAGUCGUGGUCCAGGAGCAACAUCGAGGUCUACUUCGACUGCUGAUUGUCACAUUCACUGAUGAUAGAUGGAGCCAGCAUUCCAAUCUACGGCGGCACGUUCUGGACCACUUGGCCGAGAUGGCAGCAACAGUUCUGGGCGAAGAUCAUGAAUUGGCAUCGAUUCUGAGAAGCCUCAAAUCCGAGCAAAUUUUGGAGUCUGCUGCGAUACCAAUCCUCAAGGUUUCUGUUGAUGUGCUCACCAGACAGAAGCCAGCUCUCGAUGAAGAAGUCUGCGAGGCGAAGCGCGCGCUCAUGGACCUUUUACGUCGUCGAGGGGACUUCAUUGACGCGACAUUGAUGGCCCGCGAGAUGUGUGCGGAGGCGCAAGGCGCGUAUGGCAAGUAUCAUGAAGCCUGUCGACAAGCUAUCAGACGCCUGGGCGACACAUAUGUUGACCAAGGCGACCUGGAACACGCCCGAGAGGCGUACCGAGAAGUCCUCUCGAAUGCCAUGAACUCCCCUGUCAGCUCUCCUAGUUCAUCUUCUUCAUCCUCUUCCUUCCAAAUCGACGAAGCCACGAUUUUCUCUUUACAAGCACUGUGUCAGGUCGACAAGUGUCGUGGAGCUCUAGAUGAGGACAUCACUGCGGAAGAGGUUAUCGAGACCGUCCUGAGCGGGCUUGGCACGUCUAAGCAAGAUGUUAUGGAUUGUCUUGCUCGAUGGAGUCAGCCGCUCACUCUGCGACAACGAUGGCUCGGCUCAAACCGCUACAGUGAUCGCCUGCUAGCUCGAUGGUCGAUCAUCCGCAGUUGA